UGUAAGAGCAAGAAGAAGAGAGCGCACAUGUUUUUGUUUAAAUUUUUGGAUCUUCCAGUUUCUGCCUUGUUUUUUACUUCUCAAAUCCCCAAUCCCGGCUGAAAUGGGCGGCCACCACAAGAAGAACCUGCGGGCGGAGAAGGCCAAGGUGAAGCUGAAGGGAGCCAAGCUGCCCAAGGGCCUCAACGUGACGAAGACGGACUUCAAGGUGCGCAAGAUCCAGAUCCAGGAGCAGCUAAAGGAGUCCUCCUACACGGAGACGGGCCAGCGGCAGUUCAAUCUGAAGGAGACUCUGUCGCGUCUCAAGCACCACAGCGUCAAGUUUCGCACGGAUGCGCUGCGCAAUGUCCGGGACUCCCUAAAGGCCGGCAAUGCGGAGCAUUUGAUUGGCCACCUGAACGCCCUGUUCCAGGGCAUUGCAGCGGGCGCUUUGGACAUGGAGCAGUCGGCCCGCCAGGAGUCGUUCAAGACACUCGACGUCCUGCUGGAGGCCCUGCAGCCGUCGGCCGUGGCGCCGUUCUUCCACGUAAUUGCCACGUACCUGCGCUGCGCGAUGACCCAUGUCCUGCCCGCCAUCCAGGAGGAUUCCCUGCUGAUGCUGGACGUGCUGUUGGUCCGUGUGCCGCCCGAGCUGCUGGCGGAGCGUAAUGCCAGUGUCAUUAUCGGUAACUUUAUCGACAUGAUCUCCCGCUCCCGGCACGACAACGAGCGCUCCAACCGCACGCUGACGCUCAAUCUGGGCCAGGGCAAGCAGACGACGGUCAAGUGGCGCACCAAGGUGCUGAUACGCCUCCAGCAGAUCCUCGGCACCCUGGUGCAGCACAAGACCUCCAAGACCAAGGCCCCAGUUCGCGUCGUUCACUUCGAGGAGAUGCGUCCGCAGUACUACAACGUGCACCGACCCCUCCAACCGGAUAACCGCGACCUGCACGCCAUCCUCAACGAGUCGAAGCUGAGUGCCGAGGGCAGCCGGCUGCAGACAUACCUGGAGCAGCUGAUGCCACUGCUCCAGGACAACUGGCUGGAGGUGCGGCCACAGCCGCAGCAGCCAUUGCUCGCCCAGGAUGCGGCGGCCAGCCUGCACGUGGUGGUGGGUCUGAUGAGCCUCCUCUGGACACUGAUCCAUCAGCACGAGGCAACCCAUGACACACAGGAGCUGAGCGCUUGGAUGCGGACGAACUAUGCGCAAAAGUUCCUGCUCAACUUCCUGGCCAAGGACGGCAGCCGGUUUCCCUACCAACAGAUUCCCGCUGCCGGCGGCAAGAAGGCUGCCAAAGCCAAGGACAAGGGCCCAGCGGAUGGCGGUGAGCUGUGCCUGCCACAGAAUCUGACCAUUGUCCAGCUGACCUGCCAGUUCCUGCCGCAUCCCAGCGAGAAGCACUCCCAGCUGUUCAGUCACCUCGCCUCGUACGUGCAGCAGAGUCUGGAGCGUUCGAGUGUCCUGCCGCCGGAACAGCAGCUGCUUCUGGUGGCCUCGCUGCGCGCCUUGCUCCUGGACAAUGCUAAGCUCCUGCUGGAUAUCGCGGCGGAACCCCUGACCAACCUGUUGGGCGCCACGAUAGCGGCCUAUGUGGGCCAGCGGUUCACCACGCGCGAGGGUGUGGCCACCCGGGCGCUGAGCCUGCUGUGCGAGAUCGUCCAGAGAUCAGACUUGUAUGCCCGUUACGGUGGAGCCGAGAGAUUUUCCGCCUUCCUGGGCCACCUGCCUCAGUUGCUGCUCAAGCCGACGGUGGGCGAGGGCACGCUGCUUGCCAUGGCCACGCUCUGUCGCCAGCUGAACGCCGUCUUCAUGGAGGCUUUGAUCAAGGCCGCCGGCCAGUUGAUACGUCACCUGCCACAGCUGCAUGUGACGGGGGAUAAUGACGAGAGCGACCGCUUUGAGAGCCAGAAGCGCAUCCUGAACUUGUUUUACUACGCAAGGUCUUUGGAUAAGCAGGCCCAGCUGGAUAGCGCUCUAAGGGAGCUGGAGCAGCAAGUGGAGAGUCAAAGGAUUGCCAGCUAUCUAAGGGGAGUGGUGGCCUAUGACUAGGUCUUUCUGGAGGCAGAAAACUAGGCUAAGGAUCAUUGUUUAUAAGUUGCAAGAACUUGUUGGAUUUUUAAAUUAUAAACUAAGCUUAAACCCGG